UAUUACUCUGUAUAGUUAAGAAAGAGGGUCGUGUGGGAAUGUUCAAAUAAUUUGUUCGCAGUAAAAAUUGAAUUAACAAUUUUACCACACUGACAGUCAGAUAUUGAGGAUUAGAUAGAUUUGACAGGCUGUGUUGGAUUUCAUUAUCAGGUCCUUAUAUCAAUUCUAUCAUCAAUUGAUUCAUAUCUAGGGAGUCAAUUGCAUCUAACUCAACUCGGGAUUCUCCAAAAAGGUAGACCUUAAUAGAUUCAUUCCUCAUAGACUUACCCCAUCCACUGUUUCCCCCUAUUUUCCCGAUUAUUCCAAACCCAUUGAUAGAUAUUAUAUAUCCCCAAUGACAACUUAUGAAAAGAUUGUUAAGGGAGCCACCAAAGUAAAGGUGGCUGCUCCUAAACCUAAGUAUAUUGAACCGAUAUUAAUGGCUACUUCGACUGAUUUGGCCUUGGAAACCGAAAAUCUUCAUACCAUUAUGAAAACUUUACAAUAUAGACUUCAAGAUAGUGCAUGGUCCGUAGUUUAUAAACUGUUAAUCGUUAUACAUAUCAUGAUUAGAGAAGGUGAUAAAGAUGUCACGUUGAAUUAUUUAGUGCAAAGAUAUCCUCAAAUGCUUAAUUUAUCUCAAUCAAAUAUAUCAAAAGGUAGUGGAUUAAGUAAUGAUGUUAAAUUUAUUAUUAAAUAUGCGAAAUAUUUACAACAACGAGUGAAACAAUUCGAAUCUACGGGGAUUGAUUAUGUUCGAGAUGAAAGAUCAAGUAAUAACUCAAGUCAACAAGGUGGUAGAUUAAGAACUUUAUCGAUUGACAAGGGUUUAUUAAGAGAAACUGAAUCAAUUCAAAAACAAAUUGAUGCUUUACUUAAGAAUAAUUUUAUGGAAAAUGAAAUUAAUAAUGAUAUCAUAUUAACUGCAUUCCGAUUAUUAGUUAAUGAUUUAUUAGCAUUAUUUCAAGAAUUAAAUGAAGGGGUUAUAAAUAUUUUAGAACAUUAUUUUGAAAUGUCAAAAGUUGAUGCUGAAAGAGCUUUAAAAAUUUAUAAAAAAUUCGUUGAUCAAACUAAAUAUGUCAUUGAUUAUUUAAGAGUAGCCAAACAUCUUGAAAAUGCAACUAAAUUACAUGUCCCAACUAUUAAACAUGCUCCAACUGCUUUAACUUCAUCAUUGGAAGAAUAUUUGGAUGAUCCAAAUUAUGAAGCUAAUAGAAGACAAUACUUGGCUGAAAAGCAAGGUAAGGAGAAUGGUAAUGGAAGUGAAAGUAAACCUGAAUCAUCACAACUGCAACAACAACAGCAACAACCACAACCAAUCGUGACUGGCUUACCUGAUCAACAACCUUCUAAUCCUGAAUUACAACGUAAUAAUACUUUGAUUGUGAGACAAUCAACUUAUAAUCCAUGGGGAACUAUUGCUGUUCCAGAAGGAUUUGCAGCUGUGGUUGCCAUGAAUGGUUAUCAAAAUCAACCACAACAACAAGUUCAAGUACAACCUCAACAAGUUCCAGUUCAACAACAACAACCCCAAGUUUUCCAAUCUCAUACUGGUGGAGUAUUUACUACCUUGCCAACCAUUGCCCAAGGUCAACCUCUUCCAGUACAACAACCUAUUCAGAAUGCUUUCACUGGAUUUGGCAAUGUUCAACAACUUCAACCUCAGCAUACUAAUACUAAUCCAUUUUUACAAGCUCAACAACAGCCAGUUCAACAACAACAACAACAGCAACCAAUUCAACAACAACAAACUUUCCAAAGUCAAGUCCAACCAUAUCAACCAUUUUCUCCUCCACAACAACAACAACCUCAACAAUUUGCUCAAAUGCAAAGAACGGGUAGUAAUCCAUUUGCAAGAGUUACUUCGAUGCCAACUGGUCAACAACCAUUACAACCACAAUCUACUAAUCCAUUUGCUCAAUCAAGAUUCGCUAGUUCAAGUCAUACCACUGCAUUUACAUUUAAUAACAAUGAAAAUAAUGAAAAACCAAAACCUAUACAAGCAUCUGCUACUGGAAAUAAUCCAUUUAAGCUUUCUCAAACCACUACUAAUCUUUUUAAUUCUGCUGAUGCAUCUGCCAAACAAAGAGCUGCUACUCAACCACAAUUAAAACCUCAAGCUACUGCUGGUGGAUUAGAACAUAUUCCAACCAUUGCUGUUUUCCCUGAAACUCAAAGAGAUCAACAAAAGGAAUACUUUUUGAAUAAUGCCAGAGUUGGUAUACAACAACAAAUGACAAGUCAAUUCCAACCUCAAGUUCAACCUCAAUAUACGAGUCAACAAGUGUAUCAAAGACCGGCACAAUCACCUCCAGUUCAAGGACAACCACAACAGCAACAGCAAUUUCAACAAUUUCAGUCAUUUGGUCAAGCAUUCCCUCAACAGCAAUUCCAACCUCAAGUUCAAGCUCAACCACAAGUCCAUCAUUAUGAUGGUCCAAGUUUGAUUUAAGGAGGUUUCAUUUUUUCUUCUUCGUUUCUAUGCAUUUUAUACAUAUAAGAGUAUAUUACUAUUAUUAUUUUUAUUUUUCUUAUCUUUAUCAUUUUGUUUACUUCUAUAUCUAUAUUAAAUAUUUCA